AUGAGCUCCAUCACGUCGCUUAACCCACAGUCUGCGGCCUGGCUUCCCCAGGAGACCAGCGUUUCCAGCAAUGAAAGCGAGGGUCAGUAUAAUGAACGAGCAUUUUCACCUCCCCAAGCUGGUACUGGUUUGCCAAGCAGCUACUCUUGCCACUCUGCCUCAGCCCUGUUGAGCCCCAGCACCAGCGGCAGACCUAGCUACAUUGGCUCUGUCUCUGGGACUAUGAAGAGUCCUGAUUAUACCAGACUUGGGACACUGACGGAGCCGCGGAAUUUCGCCCCUCAAACUUCUGGGCUUUCUGUAGCGGUGACGAGCGAACCGCCGCCAAAGUUCGACCUGAGCCUGGCAACUGGUGUUCGAAAAAACGACACCGUUUCCGCUAAUGCACAGACUAUCGUGCAUACGACAUAUUACCCUCCUGGGAUUGACCAGGAUAUUGGAAGCAGCGCAAUUGUGCCAUUUGCUGAUCACCGCCAUGCGUCUCCUCAUAGCCAAAUCCAGAGUUUACGCUCUGAACCCCUCAAUCAUUUAACGGCUACAGAAUCUGGAUUGCCUGUGCUCCAUGAUGCGCUGGACCCGCAAUACUUCCCAUUUCUUGAAUGUGCUCGUCAGGCCGUGGCCACUAACCAUGGUGUUGUGAAGCUGAAGAAUAUUCCUUUCGCUACGAAACGAUCGGAAGUCAUUGCUUUCUUGGGACGAAACUCCAAAAUUCUCAAUGACGCGGAUGAACCUGUCCACAUCAUCAUGGAGCGAGUGACGAGCAAGACUAUGGAUGCAUAUGUCGAGUUUGUUACCCUCGAUGAUGCGAAUAAGGCAGUAGAGAAGCAUCAACAAAAUAUUCUCAGCGGUCGCGUUAGCCGACUUGGCGAUCGACCAGUUGAGGUGGAGCUCUCCAGCCAAGAAAGUCUAAUGAAGGAUUUGUUUCCUCUUGCCAAAGGCAUCAUAUGGAACGGAGCGUCUCCUCAGUUCAAGCCGCUCAAUCCCAACGAACCGUGGGAAAAUUUCAAAGGCUUCGUGUCGGAAGAAGAGAUGAUUAUGCUCGUGAAACAUGUCGAGGUCCCUCAUCGCGUGAGUCUCGUUGUAAUUUCGGUUAUUGGUCCCUCACUGAUCCCUUCCUUGUUGCAGUCUCCAUUCUCCAAAGACUGCCCACAGCGUCCCUACGAAUGUUUGAUCAGUACCCUGAAGAAGUUCCCUUGGUAUGUCACGGAUCGCAUUACCAUCAGCCAGAGGCAGGCUGUAUUCAAGGCCACCUGCGAACUCGCUCGACUGCUCUCCCGUAGCAUCCAGAAGCAGGAUGACCAAGUCAACCUGACGCACCAGCUUUACCGGCGGCUUAUAGCCACUGCCAUGAAAUGCCCUGGCUUUACACCCCUCAUGAAGGACGAUAUUUCCUGUCUGGCCAACUUGUCCGAUAUGGAAGAGCGCCGAUACAACCAGCCACGAUUUGCGAGCUGCUGGCGUCAUCAGUACAGCCUUGCUCCAAAACCAGGCAUGCCACUUGAUGUGAUUGAAUGGUACAUUGCCAUGAUCCGCGAGCAGACACAUCGCGACAUGGUGGCCCGCCCGCACGUGGAACGCACUAUCCUCCUGGAAAAGGCUCAGGAGACUGACAUGUACUGGGGAUACUUUUGGGCUGAAGUUGGCUACAUGUUUGGACCUGCGUUUGACCAAAUGACUUUGUCGCAGGCAGCUCAUGCAGAAUUCACUGCCGUUGAGCGCAUCCUCGCUCGCGCGCUGACUCCCCAGUAG